UAGAACCCGGAUUAAAGCUGCUCCAUAGUGAAUUUCACUGACUAGGACUGACCGUAUACUGAAGAGUCUGUCUUACACAGCUGACUCCAGCCAACUGUGCACAUUAGAGAUUCCUAUAAGUAGCCAAGCCUUUGGCUGGAAGCACAGACAGACUCAGACACUUGAGAAGAUGCCAUCAAUUACUGGACCAUUUGUGCUGAUGCUUAUAGGCCAGUGGUUCCAGCACUCUGUUAGCCACUCAUGAGUGGUGGGAUUGAGGUUUGGGUGCAGCGUAUCCUAAAUGGCCAGGGCUUAUUUGGUUAUCAUGCCUCUUGGAUGCCUUACUCCCAUGAUUUGUGUUUCCCUCUCCAGUGAUGUUGCCGUUGAGCUACCCUUUACAUUAAUGCAUCCCAAACCAUUGGAGGAAUCGAUCUACAGAGAUGCUCCAGAAAAUGAUGCCCCCAUUGACACCAACCUCAUUGAAUUUGACACAAAUGACGAUGACAUCAUCUUCGAGGACUUUGCCCGACAACGACUGACCGGGGCAAAAGAUGACAAAGACGAAGAUGAGGAGGGUGCCGAUUCGCCCAAACUGAAUGACAGAUAGAUUGCAGAUAAGAGUUUCCUGUGUUGUGACGAUACAAGAGACCCUUUUGAGAUAACCUGGAAAAAUGGGACACCCUUUAACACACUCACAGUGGUGCAGUUGUUGUGUUUUUGUUCACAUUUGUCUCUUCCAUCCUGCAAGGGUGUACAGUAAAACUUAAGUGUAGAAAAUGUGACCUUGUCGUCGAAGAGAUUAGAAGGUGAGGUUUUAGUUGAUAGGCCGGCCACUGAGUGCCUCGGGUAUUUGAGGGUUGAGGCAAUGGCUUCUCAUCUUAGCUAAAUCAAACGUCAGUGGUAGCAUGCCUUUGUUGUUGCUUUGUUUUAUAGAUUCUUCCUUUGGUUAGAACUGAGGAAGAUUUUAAGGGCCGUGAUUUAGGUUUGAACCAUAUUUAAUGUAUGGAAAUUAAUGUUUUAAUUACUGUAAAUGGAACUGGAUUCAGUAUUUUUAUUAUAAAAGUUGCCAAAUUGAAUCAUCUUUAUAAUGUCUAAUGUCUCAACUGAGAGCUUUUGAAUCAGUCGUGCAGAGUGCAAGUUUUUUUUUUUUUUCCGAUAAAAACAUUUAAUCUAAAAGCUAUCUUACCUAAUAAAAGUUAUGGAUUCACUACUGAUAAAAAGACUACAUGACACAAUGCAACAACCAUGCAUGACAUUUUUUUUUUCUCUUAAAAGUCUUCAGUUAUUUCUAAAAGUGGGUUUCUAUGAAAUCAUUUAAUUAUAAACAAUGCCUAUAUGUGACCCUGGGGCAUACCUGUCAACCCU